AUGGUCUCGUUCCAAACCCUCCUCCUCCUCGCGGCCACCGCCCUCUCGGCGACCGCCUUGCCCAGCACCAGCGCCAAGCCCCCCGGAAAACCCCCCCACCACGACCCCUGCGCCACGGUCCGCUGCGGCUUCAACACGGUCUGCGAAGCCGUCAAGGGCAAGGCGCGGUGCGUGCCCGGCACCAAGUGCGGGCCGACCAUGUGCGGCGCGGGCCAGGUGUGCUGCAACGCGAGCUGCGGCAUCUGCACGCCGCCUGACGGUGCUUGCAUCCAGAUCUUCUGCGAGAGUCCCAGCAAGUUCUGAAUGUUGUGAUGGACACGGGAGGCUGCGAAACAGAAGAAAACUGACGGGCAUGGGAUGAUGGCGGGGGAGCCGGCUGGUGGGCGGUGCGGCCUCCUGAGAAGCGGGCAGUGAAAGGGGCUGUGGGCAGUAUAUUAAAGUUGACGGGCGUAAUUGGAAUAAAACAUGGAAUCAUCUGGCCUUAUUGCGUGGCGGCUGUGAGGCGCAUGCGUAAUAAGUCUCGCGCAUGAAGGAGCGUUGGUCGUUUUAGCCUGUUCUGCCUCAGAUUGGGCGUCUAGGCGAGGCUGGGAAAUGCUGACCGCUGACCAUAUGCCUAGCAAUUGGAUAAUUGAGAGAGC